AUGGCAGACGCAGGUUCCGGUGCCCUCCCCGCGCGGGCCGCAUGCCUCCCUUCUGCGCCUCUGCUUUCGCGGUCUCACUCCGUCGUUUCCUCCGCUCCUGUGUCUCCUUCCGCCGAUCCUCGUGCGCGUCCCCUCGGUCGUGGCGCGCGGGAGAGACUUGAAGCUUCCGCGCCGCUGGGAUCCUCGUUUCGUUUUGCGCCCUCUCGCCCUCCGGCUCCUCUCUUGUCUCCUCAUCGCGGCGUUUCCUCCUCUGGGUCGUCUCCGGAUUCGUGUCUCUCCGCGGCCUCGCAGAACGCGGGAGAUGAGCAGGGCCAUUUCGCGCGGAGCGCGGCCACUUUUCGUUCGUUUUCUUUUUUAGCAGAGGCGCGUGCGGGCCUCUCUGCUUCCCGGAGCUCUCCUCUGUUCAGUCUUCGCCUGUCUCCUUCCCUCGGCUCGUCUGCGAACUCUAAAAGCGGAACUACUUUCCUGUCCUUCGGCCGGCGCCGGCGCGGUCUCGCAGGCGCCGGCCCUCCCGUGGGCGGCUCCAGAGCGACCGCACUGCGUCUUCUUCUUCUGUUUGCUCUCCUUGCCGUCGCCGGCAGCGUCGUUCACCCUGCUCAAGCGGCUGCCGCUUCUUCGCGGGGUGACGCGUCGGCCGCGCCUGCUGAGGCAAGCGCGCCGGGCGCUCCGGAGAGGAGAGAUGAAGGCAGCCAGGAGGAGGCUUUUCCGCAGGCGGCAGGCGUCGUGCCUGCGCCUGGCGUGAAGGCGAAAGACCUGCCGAUGAGCGGACCGCCGCUCGACCCGCUGGGGCUUCCAGUGAGGGAGAAAGUUUUUCGCGCGCGGCUCUAUGGAAGCAUGUUUAGCUACGCCUACUACUUUCUGGACAUCCUCGUCGGGACUCCUCCGCAACGCUCCUCCGUCAUCCUCGACACCGGCAGCUCGCUCCUCGCGUUCCCCUGCGUCGGGUGCUCGGAGUGCGGAGUUCACUUAGAUCCGGCGAUGGACACAAGUCGCAGCAUGACGGGAGAGUGGAUUGACUGCAAAGAAGAAGAAAGGUGCUUCGGCACGUGCAGUGGAAACUCGAUGUUCGGAGCUCUGGCCGGGCUCAGCAACUCGAGGCGGUGUGUGUACACCCAGACGUACAGUGAAGGCAGCGCCAUUCGCGGCAUUUAUUUCUCAGACGUCGUUGCCCUUGGCGAAGUUGAACAGAAAAACCCUCCUGUCCGAUACGAUUUUGUCGGUUGUCACGUUCAAGAGACGAAUUUGUUUGUGACGCAACGGGCCGCCGGGAUUUUUGGAAUUUCUUUCCCGAAGGGUCAUCGACAGCCCACGCUCCUCGACGUGAUGUUCAGCCACUCGGGCCUUGUUGACAAAAAAAUGUUUUCCGUCUGCAUUUCAGAGGAUGGCGGUUUGCUGACUGUGGGGGGCUACGAGCCCACGCUGUUGGUGGCGCCGCCGGCAGAGGCGCCGGCUUCUCCAGCCGACGAGGCGUUUCGGCCAGUGCCUGCGCCCGCGAAGCGCGAGGCGGUCGCGGGGCGGCAGAUCUCCGCGGAGGAGGCUGGCACGUCGCCGCAUCACGCGUCGCUGCUCACCUGGACAAACAUCAUUUCCCACUCCACCUACCGCGUGCCGCUCGCGCGCAUGGAGAUCGAGGGCGUCGUCCUCGGCGACGGCCAAGAGACCUUCGGAAACACGAUGGUCGACUCGGGGACGACGUAUUCCUACUUUCCUCCGUCUGUCUUUGCGCGGUGGCGGUCGUUUCUGAGUCGAUUCUGCACGCCCGAGCUCUUCUGCGAGCGCGAGCGCGACGGCCGGCCGUGUUGGCGGGUCUCGCCGGGGACUGAUCUCAUUUCGACCUUUCCGCCGAUCAAGGUUUCCUUCGGCGACGACAAAAACUCGCAAGUCUGGUGGUGGCCCCAGGGCUACCUGUACCGCCGCACUGGAGGCUACUUCUGCGACGGCCUGGACGACAACCGGAUCGGCGCGAGUGUGUUGGGGCUCUCUUUCUUCAAAAACAAGCAAGUCUUGUUCGACAGAGAGCAGGAUCGUGUCGGGUUCGCGGCGGCAACCUGCCCGUCGUUCUUCCUCGAUCAGCGCCCGCCGGGGCCCGGCGGAGAGGAGCCUGGAUUGCCACGCGCAGCCCCCUUCACUAUGGCACCUUUGCCGGUGCCGGUAAAGAUCCGAGGUGGAGUCCCCGUGACUGGCGGAAAGCCGCCGAGCCGUCGGCCGGAGUUCACACCCACUCAACUCUGGAUCCUGGUGUGCCUCGUCGUGGUCGCCAUCGUCAUCGCGAUGGUGUUCAUUCUGCUCCACACUGUCAAGAGCUCCGCCAGAGGCUCGACAGUUGUACCCCAGCCCUCGCCUUCGCUUCCUUCUUUGCGCUUGCCGCUUCCGGCGGAGUCAAAGGCCUCCGCGGCGCGGUUCGUGCGCGGCCUCCGCGCGAGCGCACUCGAAAAAGCCAGCCAGAAGGUGUACGUACAGCCCGCGCAGCGGUAUCGAGACGUUGGAUCCGCGAGGCCCCACACUGCAGAAGUAUACUACGACGCCGACGAGGACCGCUUCACUGGCGAAGACGGCGGUGACUUUUUCAUCGACGACGCAGAGCUGCCUGAAGGUCACGGCGAGGUCUGCGAGCCUGCACCCGUGUCGUUUUCGCGCGACGCCGCCCGCCGCCCAGCGCGCGCGGAUCUUCGCGACUUUCCUCUUCGAGACGAAGAAGAAGAGUGGCGAUCGACGUCCUGA